AUGUCGUUGGAAAAAAUCUACUCCCAAAUGGAAAUAGAACCGAGGCAACAGGUCGAGAGAUACGCAGAAUAUCCGGGAAUGUCGCACGAACAGCCGGUGUAUUACCCGUACGAACCAGCAUCGGGAUCGCAUGUACCCGUGGUUACGAAACAUCAUUACAGCGGCGGUCAUAAGAGUAACGCGGCUAUGUCAGCCUUAACGCUGCUAGCAUUUCUCUUCUUCCUACAUAUUCUCCAACAAUGUCUAAGGGACCACAUGAACGCGAUGGGAACACCCCAAGUCAUGGUGGUUGGCGGACGCGAAAACGAACGUAACAUCGCAAAAACAAACAAAAUCGACAAAACAAACGAUCAAAACUACGAUUACAAUAACGAUGAUACUGAUAAAUAUACGAAAAUAACGACGUCAGAUAACGCGUGGAAGAAAACGAAAUAUAACGUUCAGAAGCAUUACAACAACAGAAGUUCGUACCGUUACGACCCGAUGGAUUAUUAG